GCGCGCCCAGAAGCAGGGGGCAGACGCGGUCGCCCUGGACAUGGGCGAGUGGCGCCUCCCGGGGCUGGAGUCCUGCGCGUCCUUGCGCGCCCCCCUGUCGCGCGCCCCCACGCGCGGCGGCGCCGCCGCCGCCGCUGCGGCGCCGCGACGAUCGGCGCCGCGCGCGGUCGGGGAGGCGGCGGAGGGCGGCGGCGCUGCGGCGCGCUGGGCCGACGAAGACGACGUCUUCGGCGCCGCGGGCGGC